AUGCUAGUGGCUUGGGUUAUGAAUACGAUCGAGCCUUCGAUUCGGACGACGCUUUCGUUCUAUGAAGAUGCUCGUGAGUUGUGGGUUGCUUUAGAGAGGCGAUUCUGUGUCGUUAAUGGCACCCGUAUUUGUCAACUGAAGACAUCUCUGGCUGAGUGCAAGCAAGGCAAAACGAAAUCGGUGGCUUCGUAUUUUGGGCGGCUGAGUAAGAUCUUUAACGAGUUGUUGUUGUAUGUGGCGUUGCCCCGAUGUACAUGCAGUGGAUGCACUUAUGGCGGCUGCAGGUGUCGUCUGACCACUCAAUACCAGACCCUUUUGCAGGAGGAUCAACUUAAGUGGUUCCUUGUUGGUUUAGAUGGUGCAUAUGCUUCGGUACGGUCUCAAAUCUUGAAUCAUGAUCCUCUGCCUUCUGUGGACCGUGCGUACCAAAUUGUGGCUCAAGAAGAGCGUAUGCGUGGUGGUCACAAGGAUGAUCGUGAGACGGUCAUGGCUUUUAGGGUUCAAUCUGACCCCAGAGGUAAACCAAAACUUACUGCUCAUUUUGAAAAAUUUUAUGCUAAUUGCAAUCGUGAUGGACAUGAUGAAAGCACGUGUUUUUAA